UUUUGUAAUGUGUGUUGCUUCGUAGCUUCAAAACGGAUAGACUGUUUUUCGUGUUGUGUUUAUUUAUUAUCAAACUAGGUUUCUACUUGGUUGUCGUCACAUAACGAUGUAACUUAAACAAUAUUUUGUGAGCCAUGUCAUCCGAAGGUUUGACAGCGAUGGAGGUGGACUCUCUACCAGACAGGAUAGCUGAGACCUUCGCAAACACAACCGUCUUCAUCACUGGAGGGACUGGCUUCAUGGGCAAGGUGCUUGUGGAAAAACUGUUGAGGAAAUGCCCGGAUAUCCGCAAGAUAAUAUUAUUUAUUCGGCCCAAAAAGGGAAAAACACCAAAACAAAGACUCGAAGAACUUCUAAGCGAUGCUUUAUUCGAGAAAGUUCGCAACCUCCGCGGUGGUGUGGAACCACUUCUGCAGAAGAUGCAGCUCGUUUCUGGUGACGUCAUCGAGCCUGACCUGGGGCUCUCUGAUGAAGACAGGAACAUCAUCAUUGAUGAAGUGGAUAUUAUAGUACAUGCUGCUGCUACCGUCAGAUUUGACGAAGAACUGAAGAAAGCAGUGCUCCUAAAUGUUCGUGGAACCAAAUUAAUAUUGGAAUUGGCGAGACAAUGCAAACAUUUAAAACUGCACUUCCACAUAUCGACCGCAUACUGCCACCUGCACGAGAAGCUGCUCGAGGAGCGGCCGUACCCGCCCCCCGCCGACCCGCACAAGAUCAUACAGGCCGUCGAGUGGAUGGACGAAGAGACCAUCGCUGUUAUAACGCCCAAAUUACUAAGCAAGUUACCAAACUCUUACGCCUUUACGAAGGCGCUAGGAGAAGCGCUCGCCGUGGAAGCCAUGAAAGACAUUCCUCUUGUAAUCUUGAGACCGUCUAUUGUGAUUCCAAUAUGGCAAGAGCCUGUCCCUGGUUGGACUGACAACAUCAACGGACCUACAGGACUUCUUAUUGGUGCCGGCAAGGGUGUGAUCCGAACAAUGUACUGUAAAGGUAACAGUUACGCAGAUUACCUUCCUGUAGAUGUUUUUAUCAACGGCAUUAUGAUAAUGGCUUGGAAUUAUAUAACAAAUGGCGACAAAGAAUCAAAUGUGAUCAACUUCACAUCAUCAGCUGAGAUCAAAGUGACGUGGAUCGAAAUGAUAGACGCUGGCAGAGAGAUCAUUAUGAACAGAGUACCUCUAAACGGAGUUGUUUGGUACCCAGGAGGUUCCAUGAAGCAUUCUCGUUUAUACCACAACAUCUGUGCGUUCUUCUUCCACUGGGUGCCCGCCAUUUUGGUUGAUAUUCUUCUCUUCUGUCUUGGAUAUAAGCCUGUGCUAACCCGCGUCCACAAGCGUAUCAGCAAGGGCUUCGACGUUUUCGAGUAUUACACAAACAACCAAUGGGACUUCAAGAGCGACAUCGCGCAGCGCGUGCGCGAGCGGCUCAACGUGCGCGAGCGCCGCGACUACAAGGUGGACGCCGUGGGUUUAGACAUAUCAAAAUAUUUUGAAGACUGUAUCCGCGCCGCGCGAGUUUUCAUACUCAAAGAGUAUGAUGAUACAUUGCCUGCCGCCCGAAGACACAUGAAAAUAAUGUGGUUCGUCGAUCUAGUAGUCCGCUGUUUAUUCUGGGGGCUCAUUUUCUACUGGCUCAGCGGCUGGACGACCUCCCUCUUCUCGAGUGGGUCGAGUGACGUCACACACACAAUGAUAGAAUAGACUGUUUUUAUAUAAAUGUAUAGAAAUAAAUAAUGUACUUAUAAGUGACUAGAUGUGUGUACUGGCUUUGCCUGAGUUUAUCCUGAUUAUAGCUAAUGCCCUAUGUUACCGUUAAUAUAGUUUUUUAAAGACUUUUUGAAAAUAUCGAUUAUAUAUAUAUAUAUAAAUUUUAUUUAUAUUGAAACAAACAAUAAAGUAAAAUUUUUGUUACAAGAAUUAAAAUUAAACCAUUGCUCUAUAUAACAUAUUAGUAGUAUUUUUAUUAAAAAAAUGUUUCGAUAUAAGAAAUAAUAUGACAAAUAAAAUAAACAACAGGGUAUAAUGAGACAAGAGAAGGCCUUUGUCUUUAUGGUAUAUAAAAUGUAUACUAAGUUGUAUAAUAUAGCUGUAUUUAAGUCGAUUUUGUAUAAUUUUGUAAAAAAAUAAACAAUAUUCGAAAAUA